AUGUCGUGGGGGUCAAAUAUCGGAACAUUGGAUGGUCAACUUUCCUUGUGUGAGCGAAGUGGACAGACGACGGGCCGGCGGAGACAGAUUGUCUACUCGUGGCUCCGUCGUGAGGCUCUGUCGCCACGCGUCGGUCAGUCUACUCGGCUCGGAACCCCAUUGAUAUUGUGGAACUGGAGCCGUGCGAGGUUGCAGUGGCAAGUGCUGGAUCGUCGUCUAGUUUUAAACGGGUCUCCCCGUGUUGAGAUGCGCCAUCAAGGCACUGUUGCGUGCGGGUCUGAGGAGUGGCCGACCCAACGCGGAUGUAACACCAACACGAACCCGACAAAACACGCCAUAGGUUCAGACGAGCAGCAACUGCACCCCUUGGACCUUUCCAACGCGUCCAUGUCACAAUCCAUCAGGCGUCCGAAAGAGCGCUCAAAGAAAUCCACCAAACAAAGGACGGUGAGACCAUUGUCGCUUAUCAUUGCGCGAUUGAUAACGACACGCUUCCCCUCUCAAACCAGCUGCGACUAUACGCCAAUGACAGAGGGAUGUCGACAUUUGGGCGGUAUCUCACUAGGGUAUACAGCUUCCUAUCGUGGACGCUGCAAGACGUAUCUUAUCUGUGUUGGAACUCGAAUUGUGGUUGGCGAAUCCCCGCGAGCGCUGAUCUUGGAUCUUGUCCGUGGCUGA